AUGAGCAGGUCGGAGUUUCAUUCGCUGCUGCAUCAGUAUGCUCUCCACAUCGGAAUCCCAAUUCGCUAUGGCGCGAAGGCGGUCGACUACUUUGAGACUGAAGACGAAGCUGGCGUUGAGCUUGAAGACGGAGAGAGGAUUUCUGCAGACAUUGCUGUUGCUGCGGAUGGCAUUGGUUCCAGAUCGUGGCGAUUGAUAGCCGACACCAAGGAGCAACCUAUAAGCUCAGGCUUUGCUCUGUUCAGGAGCACGUUUCCUGUUGAGUUGGCUUUGAAGAAUCCCUUGGUCUAUGAGGCUAUCGGGAACAUUGAAUGCGUCAGCCGACUCUUCUUUGGCUUGGGAGCUCAUUUGGUCAUGGGGAAGACUCCCAAAGAUAUGAUAUGGAUGCUUACCCACAAGGAUGACGGGAACGCCCAGGAGGACUGGGCCAAGCCUGCUGACCCGAAGGAUGCUCUGCCAUAUGUGGAAGGGUGGGCACCUUGGAUACAAGAGAUUAUCACAAUGACGCCCAAGGAUGGAGUUGUGGACUUCAAGCUCAUGUGGCGCAAUUCGAGGGAGAAAUGGGUCAUUCCGAAGGCCAGGGUUGUUCAGAUUGGCGAUGCAGCUCACACCUUCUUGCCCACGUCGGCGAGUGGUGCGACGAUGGCACUCGAGGAUGCGUUCUCUCUGGCAGCUCUGCUUCAUCGAAGUGGAAUGACCGAUGCACCUCUGGCCCUCCGAAUUCAAAACAAACUCCGGUUCGAACGCGUGACUUGUGCUCAGAAGAUGGGGUUCAAGAAUCGGGAGAACUUUCACAAUACGGACUGGGAUGCUGUGGCCAAGAACCCAUCAUCGAUUCUCAAGCAGGUUGAUAGAUGGGUUUCCGAACACAACCCUGAGCAGUACGCGUACGACAGUUAUGACAAGUGCUCAGCUCACAAUCUCUCUGGAAAGCCAUUCCAAAACACGAACACGCCUCCGGGACACACCUUCAAACCAUGGACGGUGGACGAGCUUCUGGCAUACGCUGAGCGAAGAGAGAGAAUCACGGAUGACGGAGAUUGGUCGUGA